AUGAGGAAAAUUUCAUUCGAAUUAUCAAUUUUGCUUUUAGUUUUAGCUUGCUCUUGUAAUUGCUAAUACAUAUUUAACAACUGUACAGACAUUAAUGAAUAUGAAGUAUGCCAAUAAUAUAAAAGCUGUUAAUGGGUCAAAAAACCAGAAUACAAUUUUUGCUACUCUGCUUGUUAUGCAACAAAAUUCUAAUAAGAAUGUGUUGCUAAUUCCCUAUGUACUUGGGUAAAUUAGUAACCUGCUUAAUGUAUUUCUAAUCCUUUAUCCUGCCCAGCAAAUGCUUCUGAUUAAGGUUGUAAUGCUGAUUAUUGUACUUUUACUCCUUAAAAAUGCUCAGCUUAACCCGAAAAGUGUCCUUCAUUUACCACAGCUGAAUCUUGUGGAACAACAUAAUGUACUUGGUAAGUUAGUAAUACUUGCAUAUACAAUUAAGCAUCUAAUCAAUGUGCAAAUUUAAUUGGGGAUUAGUGUGCUGGCCCUUACUGCUAAUCUGUGCAAAAAUGUGUAAAUAAAACUCAAAAAUAAAUGAGAGGAUCUUUAAUUUCUGAUGUUGAUUGUAGUUCAUUUAAUCCUUAGGAUUGUGCUAGUCAUCCAGAAUGCGAGAUAUCUACUUCAUGCGUUGGUGUAACUACUUAAGAUUAAGGUUGUAGUCUAUCAAAAGAUCAAAAUUCUUGUUCUACUGGAUAAUCUGCUAAUUUUUGUACUUGGCUUUCUGGUACUUGCAACACUAACCAAGCAUAUUGUACUUCAAAUUGUGAUUUAGAAUACUGUAAAGUUGAUUAACCAUCUAACUGUAAAAUUAACCCUAAGUCAACAACUUGUUCAUCAUAAUCAAGAUAAUCUUGUACUACAGGAGUCAAUUAUAAUUUCUGUUUGGUCUAAGAAAUAGUUCCUGCAGUAUGUAAACCAAAGGAAGAAAUUUGUAGUUUUAGUUAAUCUGAAGAUUCAUGUUAAACAACUCCUUUUGGCUGCUUAUACAGAUAGGUAGGAGUUUGUACUUUCGUAUCUGAAGUCUAGCAGUCAGCUAAUAGCAGAGUUUUAAUUUAUAGCUUUACUCUUUUAGCUUUCUUACAAAUCAUUUUCUGA